AUGGAAAGUAAAGAAACAGUAAGUUGCGUCGAGUUCGAUAAGGCGCUCGGUAUGGGCAUGGGCGGCGUGCGGCGCUCGCACGCGGCCGCGUUCGCGGCGCUCGGCGCGCUGCUGCUGCUGCUGCUGGCGCGCCUCCCGCCGCCCGUCCCCGUCCCCGCCCCCGCCCCCGCCCUCGUCCUCGUCCCCGAGCCCGCGCCUCUCGCCAACCGCACGCAGUCGGCGCCCCAGCCCCCGUCCUCUUCGCUCGGCACCACGUCGUCUCGCGUGUCGAGCGAACGGACCCUCGCAGCGGCCGAGGCGAAAUCUUCCGGGACGGCGGCCGUUCGGGCGGUCUCGGAGGCGGCCGCCGUUCCGCCGGCGCCCGCCGCCCCUCCGGCGCCGCCGUCGAACCGCACCGCCCCGGCUCGCGACCCCCACCUCGUAUACGUGAGCGACGUGUACGUGAGCGGCCACGAGCGGCCGCACCCCGAGCUGUGCCCGUCGCUGGGCGCGCGCCUGCGGCUGCUGAUCCUGGUGACGUCGGCGCCGUCGCACGCGGCGGCGCGGGACGCGGUGCGCCUGACGUGGGGCCACUACGCGGCGCGCGCCGACGUGGCCAUCGCCUUCGUGCUGGGCGCGCCGCCCGCCUCGUUACGCGACGCUCUGCGCGCCGAGGACGAGCUGUACGGCGACCUCAUCGUGGGCCGCUUCGUGGACUCUUACUCCAACCUGACGCUCAAGACGCUGUCGAUGCUGGAGUGGGCGGACACGUACUGCCCGCGCGCGCCGCGCCUGCUCAAGACGGACGACGACAUGUUCAUCAACGUGGGCCGGCUGCUGGAGUUCGCGGCGGCCCCGGGGCGCGCCAACGCCACGCGCACCGUGUGGGGCAAGGUGGUGCGGCGCUCGCUACCGAAGCGCACGACCAAGUCCAAGUACUACGUGUCUCCGCAGCAGUUCCCGGGCAAGGUGUUCCCGGACUUCGCGACGGGCCCGGCGUACCUGCUGACGGCGGACUGCGUGCGGCCGCUGCUGGCGGCGGCCCCGGGCGCGUUGUUUCUGCGGCUGGAGGACGUGUUCGUGACGGGCGUGCUGGCGGCGCAGCUGCACAUCCGACGCGCGCACGCCCCCGAGUUCUACAACAAGAAGGUGGCGGCGCACCCGUGCGCGGUGCAGCGCGGGCUGGCCAUACACAUGGUGCGCUACCACGAGCAGUUCGACCUGUGGCGCAAGCUGCUCGACGGCAAGACCAAGUGCGCCAGCUAG